AUCCUAUAAUGAGGCGAGACUUGAAUAAUGAGCGGUAAUGCAGAGGGUGACUGGUAGGGUACUGGUUCCUGAUAGCCCUGCCUCCUUGAGCCCAGUAGGCGGACAGAAGCGCGUCGGUACUUUAUUGGGUUGAUGCCGGCAGUGGUGGGACUCGUCUGCUGAAUCCAUCUACAGUCCCUGGGAAAAAAAAAGAAUGGAGCAGCAAUCAGACCAGGCACAUCCCGAUUGCAAAGAGACGAUCCAAACGCAGGCCAAAGUGGAACAACCAGGAGCUGAGGUACAAGCUAAAGUGGAGUUAGAGGAGCAGGUGCUGGUAGGAGAGGAAGUGAAGUUGCCACAGGAAGCAGCUUCCAGUGAGCAGCUGGGUGAGGAGCGAAAGGAUGAAGCGCAGAAAAUGGGAAAUGUGGAUGUGAUGCCUGAGAGAAAUGAAGAACAUGAGGCACCUGGACAGUCAAAUGUGGGAAUGGGAGAACAGGCAAUGUCAGAAUCUGUGAUCCCGGAAAGCAAACCUGAGGACGCCGACCCUCCUGUUGCAGCUGGCUCGCUUGCAUUUGCUUUUCUGCAGGAUGAGCGGACUAAGGCAGUCCUGCGCGAGUCCCGCACCCUUCUCAUUCUUCGGGGUCUUCCUGGAAGUGGCAAGACCCGUCUCGCCACUGCAAUUAAGGAUGUUUAUGAGGGUGCCUGUUCUGUCAUCAGUGCUGAUGAAAAUGUGAAGCCUGAGAACAACGUAUCGGGAGAGGGGCACAAGGCCCUGGAUGAAGCCAUACAAGCAAGGUGCAUGUCCGGCACACCAGUGGUGGUGGUUGAUGACGCCAACGACACGCAUGAUAGGUUAGCCUGGCUAGGUCAACAUGCAGAGCUGCACCUGUACUGUACUCUGUUCCUGGAACCUCUGACUGAGUGGAGUAGAGACCCUGAGAAACUAGUCCAGAAGAGUAAGCAGGGACUGGAGAAAGACAAGAUCCAAGCUUUGAAAGUUGUGCUUGAGGCGACUUCUAUACCCCUUUUCUUUGGCUGGUUCCUGGUAUCGAAAUCCCAGGAACACAUGAAAACAAUGAAGGUUGACUUUCUCAAGACCUUGGUUAGCUUGGAUGCCUUCAAGAAUCAUGCUAGUGAUUAUGGGGAAGCUGAGAAGGAGGUUAACCUGGAGGAAUACUUUCACCGCGAAGGGGUGUUUCAUUGUACUACGAAGUUCUGUGACUAUGGGAAAGCUGAAGGAGCCAAGGAAUAUGCAGAGAAGCAGUCUGUGAAGGAGUCCUACGGCCGCGUAUCAGAACUGGUACUGAGCACCCUGUUUGUCACUCCUCGUACUGUCGGUGCCAGGGUGUCCCUUACAGAAGAUCAGCUGCAGCUGUGGCCCAGCAACACCAAACAAGAUGCCACAUCUGACAUGGGCAUGGCCCGGGGCAGUCAUGCCCACGUCAUGUUGGGCUGCGCUGAGGGUGUGGGGCCGGUGCAGACAGGCCUAGACCUGCUGGAGUUGGUUCAGAUGGAGCAGGAGAGUCAAACUAGAGAUCUUGUGCAGGACCUGGAGCUUGGGUCGCUCACCUAUUACGGCAAAGGCAUGUGGGCCCUGAGCUUGCGUGAGCCCUUCCUGGCUACUGCUUGCUUCUCUAGCUAUUAUGGCCACUGGGAGGAGAAGGAGACAGAGAAGAAAAAGAGAUCUAAGUGCACAGUUCACUGAAGCAGUGAUUUACUCGUUUUCAUCUUUGUGGUGACCAUGGUGGCUAAGCUGGCCCUGAAACCAUUCUGAGAACCACACACUAGUCCAUCUUGUGCUCUGUCCCACUUGUAUGGUUGAGGUUAACUGGAGGUGUUUCCAUCAAAGCUAUCCAUGGUAAUGUGGGAGCCUUGCUUCUAUUGAAACCGUUGCAUGCUGGUUGUAUUGCAAAACUGCAUUGUUGGAACAUAAUGUGAGUUUUGCACUGGUGGCGGUUCUGGGCCUUGCAUCAGUUUAGCAGUGUGAUGGCAGAGCACAAUACUCACAGGGUGAGAUGAAGGGUUUUCACUGCUUUGAAGUUCUAGUGUAUUCCAAGAGGCUGUUUCAAGUGUUAGAUGACGGUUCUACUUGAGUGUCUUUAAAUCUGCAUAUUUUAUGCUUUCACUUUGUGACCCACUCUAGCAGUGCAGCACUUAAAUUCAUAUGUAACAAAUAGCUUUUGUACUUCAAAUAAAAUCUGUGACUGGCUA